UGCAACAUUUCGGAAAACUCGUGGGUUAAACAGUGAAGUGUCAAGUCAAAGCAACCCCUAUGCACGAGUUAUAAAAUAGGAGUAUUUAACCUGCAAGAUCUAUUUACAUAAUCAAUACAGGAAAAUGUCAGAGGUCAUGUCAUUGAUCCUUUCUGGAUUUUUUUUUUUAUAUUAUUUAUUUAUUAAACCUAAAAUACAAAUACAAUUUUCAUUUAUUUUUGGUGAGGAAUCAAUAUUUUCUGGAUGGAAUCUAUGAGACUUUUAAAGAUCGAAAUGUCAGUGCUCCAUCUGCGUGUCCAUCCGUGCGUCAGGGCGCGCGGGGCGGAGCCGGGAGCGCACACACGGAGCGCGCUCGGGACUCAGCCUACCAGCGUUGUGUUGAUAUUGGCUGCCAGAGAGGCUAUGGGUUAAGUCUUAGUGCACAGAAGAAGGCGAAUUAUUUGACGGGAGCAGCGUCAAAGCGCGCCAGCCUUCACCGAAAUAUGUUUUUCUACUAAUAAGUAAGUAUUUUAUAUUUGUUUGUGCACUUUUUAAAAAGUCUUUACAUCUUAUUUAUUAUUUUUUAUGAUUUUUAUUGUGUAUUUAAUGGUAUUUGGAGGUUAAAUCUGAAUGUCAUCCUCACAUUUAGGUCCAAAUCAGGACAUCCUUGAUCGUGGCGCCAUGUCUCACGCUCAGGUUGAGAUACCUGGACGCGGGUUUCCUGGCCUGUCAGUGGACAUGAGCGACGACUGCCUGUCCCGCGUGCCGUCUGUGCUCCGGGCGCACGGUCUGGGCGCGCGCCGGAACUCCUACGGGCUGCAGAAAAUCAGCAUGGACAUCGAUUCGCCUCUGUACAGCGGCGCGCUCUCCAAAGCCCUGUCCUGGUCCGCCGAGAACAUCCUGACGCUGACCGAGUCCAGGGCGGAGGAGGAGGAGAAGCCCGACGACACCCCGCCGCCCUCCUCCCCUGCGUCCUGCUCCGACGCGCCCGCGGAAAGCCUCAAACAAGCGCAGCAUGGAGCCCGGGGGGGCAGCUCGGACUCUGACAGUGAAGCGCAGAACAAGAAGAACAAAAUCCUGUCUCGCAUCCAGUUUGAUAGUCAGUGGGAGCUGGAGGAGAAGGAGGACGUGGAGACCAAAGCUGUGGCCACCUCUCCAGAUGGAAGGUACCUGAAGUUCAACAUAGAGAUUGGGAGAGGAUCCUUCAAGACUGUCUACAAAGGACUGGACACUGAGACCACCGUGGAGGUGGCAUGGUGUGAGCUGCAGACGCGUAAAUUGACCAAAGCUGAGCGACAGCGUUUCAGUGAGGAGGUGGAGAUGCUGAAAGGCCUGCAGCAUCCAAAUAUCGUUCGCUUUCAUGACUCCUGGAAAUCAACUGUAAAGGGGCACAAGUGCAUCCUCCUGGUGACCGAGCUCAUGACGUCUGGCACACUCAAGACGUACCUGAAAAGGUUCAAGGAGAUGAAGCUGAAACUGCUGCAGCGCUGGAGUCGACAGAUCCUCAAAGGCCUUCAUUUCCUGCACACACGCACACCUCCCAUCAUCCACCGUGACCUGAAGUGUGACAACAUAUUCAUCACCGGCCCAACUGGCUCUGUCAAGAUUGGAGAUCUGGGGCUGGCCACUCUCAAAAGUGCCUCUUUUGCUAAAAGUGUAAUAGGAACACCAGAGUUUAUGGCCCCGGAGAUGUAUGAGGAGAAAUAUGACGAAGCGGUGGACGUCUACGCCUUGGGGAUGUGCAUCCUUGAAAUGGCCACCUCUGAGUACCCAUACUCCGAGUGCCAAAACGCCGCUCAGAUCUACCGCAAAGUCACAAGUGGUAACAAACCAGACAGUUUCUACAAAGUCAAAGUCCCAGAACUCAAGGAGAUCAUUGAGGGAUGCAUACGCAUGAACAAAGACGAAAGGUACACCAUUCCGGACCUUUUGGAACAUCCCUUCUUCCAGGAGAACAAUGGGGUUCAUGUGGAGCUGGCUGAGGAGGACGACAUGGUGAAAUCUGGACUCAAGCUGUGGCUGCGUAUUGACGAUGCUAAAAAGCUUCACGGGAAGUACAAGGACAACAACGCCAUUGAAUUCCUCUUUGAGCUCUACAAAGACGUGCCUGAGGAGGUGGCUCAGGAGAUGGUCGUGCUCGGCUUUGUGUGUGAGGCAGACUUCAAAAUCGUGGCCAAGGCCAUACGGGACCGAGUGACGGCCAUCAAGAGGCAGAGGGACAAACUGAGGCGGCAGGCGGAAGAGAGGAAGAAGAAGCAAGCGCAGGAGGCUAUUGAGGAGGAGCCAGAACCGCAGACUCCGUCGUGUAGAGUCGGGGAUGUCGCUGGAACCAAGUCGCCCAGCUCAACCUUGUCACCUCUGGCCCCCAGCGUGUCUCCCGUCACCAGUUCUGCAGACUCAGGCGUCUGCUCCAACUUUCCUGCGGAGCCAGAAGAGCCGGAGGCGGAUCAGCACUUCAACGCUCGCCACAACAGCCUGUCUUCUGCUAACUCUGACUGCGAGACGGACGGCGACCUGAGUUCCUCCUGUCUUCAGGAUCCGCUGGAGGCCGGCAGCUUUAACUCGCCGGGAACCCCUCCCAUGGCGUACGCCGGCACCCCAGCUGUAAACGGUCACCCCAUCCCGGCCCUUCGCUUCCCCUCAAGUAUCGCAGUGUCCAGUAACACCGAACAUGGCAACUCCGGGCCCCAAAGUGGCUUCAGCUCCCCCGUGGACAGCUAUGCCUCCGAUGUGACUUCCGGCUUGAGUGAUGGCUACGAGGGCCUGUCAGAGAAAAACGAGAAAACAGCUGCGAGGCGAACAGCUGGGAAGCUGUUUCGGAGGAGGGCGCGCUCCAGGCUGCGGAUCACGGGGCUGUCUGACAAAGUGGACCGAGUGGUCGAGUGUCAGCUGCAGACCUACAACGACAAGAUGGUGACCUUCAAGUUCGAUCUGGAUGGAGAUAACCCAGACGACAUCGCCGCCGUCAUGAUCCACAAUGAAUUCCUCCUGCCGUCUGAGAAGGAGGGCUUCAUCCACCGCAUGGGCGACAUCAUCAAGCGAGCCGAGGCGCUCAUGUCCAAAGAGAAGCUGCCUCACAUCAGCGCUCACCGCCUGGCCCAGGCCGCCUUACAUGGUGGUGUCAACUCACUGUCGUCCUCGCAGCCUAAUCUCCACAGUCACACGCUGCCUCGAACACACUCGUCCUCCUCUCUCCCCGACUACAGUAUGGCCGGCUCCUGUGUAGGACUGCAUGACUCUCCCUCUUGCUCUAACGGAGAACUCUUCGGUGCAGACAUUACUUCACCUGGGAGACCUCUUUUGCGCUCACAGUCUUUCCAUAACACUCCAGGUUCUCCUCUCCACCAUCAGCGACACCACCGUCCCACGUCUCUCCUGCCUCCUCACCAACAAUACCACAUGCCCUUCAUGGGCCACACUCACUUCCCAUUCCCAUAUCCCAGAUCUCCAGGUUCUCCCAAGCCAGCAGGGAUGCACCACCCUCUCACCCGGGUGGCCAGCAGUCCAACAUUCCCCUCUGUGCCCUCCCCAACCCCCAGCUCCCCCAGCCCACUGAAUGACACCCCAAGCCCCACCAACGAAAAUCUCUCCAUGUCCCCAACGACCCCUCAGCACUCCACCAUGUGGCCCCCCCACACACAGCCCUUGUUUUCCUUGGCAAACGUCAUCUCCAUGGCCAUGAGCAUGGCUCAGUCCUUCAUCCCACCUGCAAACCUCCCCAACCAGGGGUUUCCAUCCCAUCCAGGCUUCCACCCCCACAUAACAGACCAUAUGGGUCAUCCCUCGGGAUACCCCCACAUGUACCCACAGCACUACCAAACUCCACCGACUGAGGUCCCCUACCCAUCAAUGGGAAUCCCAGCUCAGGGCAUGCAUCACAACUCAGAGGAUGGAGUUGGUUUUCAUGGCAAUUACUCGCAGUGGAUGCAUCCCGUCACCCCACCUUCCAUGCCUUCCACCCCUCCACAGUCCACUUUGGAGCCUUUGGAGCAGAUCCGACUCUCUAGUGUUCUGAGCCCUUCCCAGGAGGACAACCGCGGUGCGCCACGCUCCGCCCUCAUCCAACCCCAGCCUCAGAACAGAGCAGAAAUGGGAAAACAAAGUUCCUCGUCAGAUUUUUCUCCUUCCCCCCCAUUGAGCCCACUCAGAACCUCAUCACCCAUCGCUGGUCAGUUACGCCCGUCUGGUCCUGAGAUGAACGAUAGCGCUCCAAAACUCAAAGCUUCUUCUGAGGUCCAGCGGACACCAGUGAAAGUUGGACGAUUCCAGGUCACUCCGAGCGUGGACGUCUCUGAGCCUGACACACCUGUAGAUGCUGCACCCGGCGCGCCACAGCCGGCAAAGAGCCACAGCCUCCAGACGGAGAGCAGCACGGAGACCCAGGGAGAGUCUACAGCCAACAACCUCAACGCCUCACCUCCCCAACCACUCCCACUCAGAGCAUCCACAGGCCUUCUCCAGGAGAUAGACGGCAAGACUGGGUGGAGCGUGAGCCAGGAGCAGCACCAGCAGGACAGAGACGAGGAAGGGGAUGAGGAAGAGGAGGAGGAGGCUGAGCAGGAAGUCGUUGGAGAGCGGCUGAGGACGAGGAAGAGGAACCGUCGGCGGGCCUACAGCCUCAGCCUGAUGGGGACGUCUGCAGACAGCGGGCUGUCGGUGACCGCCGCCGAAAUGGACAGCCGGCUGUGGGACGGGACGUCAGGGAGUCCACAGUUCACCAACGCCCUGCACAAUCUAUGGAUGACGACGUACAACCGCAGCACCCCCUACAUCAGCAGUGAUGACUCGGACAGUGACAACGAGGAAAUUAUGGAGGAGCUUCAGGAACUGAGAGAAAAGCAUCUAUCAGAGGUUCAGGCUCUGCAGGCAGCUCAGAAGAAGGAGAUUGAAGAACUGUAUGAGAGGAUGGGCAGAGUUCCUCCGCCGGGGCUCGUCUCUCCUGCCGCCAUGUUGUCCAGUCGUCAGCGCCGCCUCUCCAAAGGGAACGGAUUCCCUUCAUCCCGUAGGAACAGUCUGCAGCGUUUGGAAAUCAUGCCAUUGCAAGGUGUGAUUCGGAGGAACUCUCUGGGAGGCAGCAGCAGCGGCUCACAGGAGAAACACAGCAAAGGGGUCACCUUUGCUACAGAUAUCAGCAGAAUGGUGAGCAAACGUUGAGGUAACUGACGUCAAACCACAGAAUCACGCUGCUGAUCGCCGCUUCCUGUCUCUUUUCAGUAACAUUUUCAUCCAGAGGCGUAUAAAUCUGUACUACCUCAUCAAGUGGUCACCAUCCGGAAGAAUCCCCUUCACUAAAGACCAGACCUUCAUAAGCCGCCAUCGACAAAGCUGCGCAAACACAAAAAGAAAAAAAAAAGUCUCAGCAACAUCCCUCUUUCAGACAAACCCGCUGACGUCUGUGGAGAGCGGCGCGCCAUCUGGUUCACUUUAACGAGUGACAUUCUUGCUCCGUUGUAAAUAAACUGUCAGAUGCGCCGCUUUAGAUUCAACAAAUCUCACCGUUGUGCUCUGCGGCUUGCAUGACAUGUCGCCUCGAUUGUGUGACGAGCCAUAGCGCUGCUUAGAUAAGACGGCGGCUGUGAAAUUGACCCAGAACAGACGGAGCUGAUGCUUUCCUGCAUGUGUGGCGCAGCAGGUUUCUAUUGACGCACAGUAGAAAUAUUUGCAUUCAUGAAGUUAUUGACCGGCUUUUAGGAUCAUAGGAACAGUGAUGACAAAAAUUAUCUGUUUUUAGCAAUAUAUAUAUUUUUUUAUAUUGUGUUCAGGUCAAAAUUGACUCAUUACCAAAUGUAAAAAUGGGUUAAUUUGACCCGAACACAACAAAAGAAUUUACUGACUUUUUCUCUUGAUGCCUCAAAGGAAAACAGCUUCAUUUUAAGGAAUAUUUCAACAUCUUAAAGCUGGUUUAACUGGUGUAUUAGUUGUAAAAAUGGACAUCCUGGUGUUUGUAUUUGUACAUGUGUAAAUAACUGAGCACAUUUAUAGAUGUUUACACUUUAUAAGUAUAUUUUCCUGCCACCUUAAAUCAAUCAAAAAUAGUUUUUUUUCCUUGUCUCACAGAUCAAGCACCUUGUGCACUUUAGCAGAUUCUUCAACUAUUUUUUUCCAUCUUUUAUCCAGGAGGAAGGUAAAAUAACUUACCUGUUAAGUGUUUUAAAUUAAAUCACAGCAUCGAUUUGAGCACCCUUAUCAUAUUAAGGGGUCGAUACAUAUCACUCCAAGCUGUGAAUUUGUUGCCUUAUAUAUAACUUUUCUGGCAGUAAAAUUGUUGUAAGAGUUUGUAAUAACCUCACAAAACAAGUAAUGUAUGGAAAGUUCUGAAUGUAAAUACGUUUUCUCUCACGCUGCUGUCCUGCCAAGCUGAAUCUGUGCCUUCUGUCCCCUCAAAUGUCUUAUCUUAGAUUUUUUAUUCAACAUUUUGAGACUAGAAAAGAUUCCUUCAAAUAAAUUCUGACAAAAAUAAA